AUAUGUUUCCGCAUCAGCUGGUCAUUCUGAAUCGCAAGAUGGCGAUAUUCAGUGUUUAUGUUGUCAACAAGGCCGGUGGACUUAUUUAUCAAUAUGACAAUUACGUCCCUCGAACAGAAGUAGAGAAAACGUUUAGCUUUCCUCUCGAUAUAGUACUCAAGAUUCAUGACGAGAAGGUGGUGGUUUCAUUCGGGCAGAGGGACGGAAUCCGAGUUGGUCAUGCUGUGCUUUCUAUUAAUGGAGUGGACGUGAAUGGCAAAUACACAGCAGAAGGAAAGGAAAUACUGGAAUAUCUGAAGGAUUCAUCAAACUAUCCUGUGUCUAUCCGGUUUGGCCGAGCACGACUGACUUCCAAUGAGAAACUCAUGCUGGCUUCAAUGUUUCACUCGCUAUUUGCCAUUGGUUCCCAGCUGUCUCCUGAGGUCGGCAGCUCAGGUAUCGAAAUGCUGGAGACAGAUGUGUUUAAACUACACUGCUUCCAAACACUCACAGGGAUCAAGUUCAUCGUACUAGCAGAUCCUCGCCAGUCUGGAGUUGACGCGCUCCUGAGAAAGAUCUAUGAAAUCUAUUCAGACUUUGCCUUAAAGAAUCCUUUCUACUCUCUGGAGAUGCCCAUCAGAUGUGAACUCUUUGAUCAAAAUCUAAAGAGUGCUCUGGAAGUAGCAGAGAAGGCUGGUACAUUUGGGACAGGUUCCUGAGCAGGACUGAUGUAAUACUGUCUAGAUUCAGCAACCAACUGUAUAUAAUAUGGAUUGUUUCCUGAUGUGUGGAUUACCCAAACCAUCUUUCAAAAAUGUGGACUCAUCAGCAUGGAACCCAGAAUGGUGGAUAAACCAGAGCUGUAUUAAUAGUUUAAGUCAAUGGGAGCAGUGAGAGCAAAUGGACUUUAUGAAAUGUCGGAAUGCAAGAAAACAAAAUACUUAUUUAUUGAUAAACACAGCCUUGUGUUUCUAGCCCCAUAAUGUACAAUAUGUCCUAACCCUUUCUGUUCUAAGUUAACCAUGACUGCAUAAAUAAGGUUUCCACUGAAAGAUUAGAAAUCAAACUUCAAAAUCUGAUGUUUGUAACAUCUUUAUUUAAUAUGUGUGAAAAAGUGUUUUCACUGUAUUAUUGAAAAACAUUUUAUUUCCAUAACACCACAUAUAAAGUUAGAGUAACAAUAAAGAGGUAGAACCAUGUUGA